AUGGGUCUCGCAGCUUCAGCUCAAACACAAAUGAUGACAGAACAUGAUCCAAAUUCUGCUUUUCCAUGGUGGAUUAGAUUUUUAGCUAAGGGUCUAGGAAUUGCUGGAGGUUUUAUUGCAAUGUUUUUUGGCAUUUUAGCUCUAAUUUCAAUCUCAGCAACUUGUAUUAUGGCAGCUCUUUUGCAAUUAGUUAUUGGAUUUUUAUCAAUAGCUAUUGAAGCACCAUUUUGUUGUUCAUUUAUUGAUUUCAUUGAAAAAAUUGCUGUUUUUUCAGAAUCUCGUGCUUUUUGGCAAAAAGCUGUUCUUUUUUGUGUAAUGGGGAUUAUACCUAUAGUUAUGUGCCCAGAAAUUGACACAAUUUUAGGAUCUGGAAUGAUAUUUGCCUGUGGAGCAGUGUAUGGUUUUAUGGCACUUGGGAAAAAAGCAGAUAGAAAUUCAAUGAUGGCAGCUGCAUCUGGGGGUGUUGAUAAUCAAGCAUGGUCUCCACAAGUUAACCAAGGACCACCAGUAUAA